AAUGCCAAAUAAAACACAACAAAUAUCACAAAUCAUUGCCAGCUGCCGAAAGUGAACUCUUGUGUUUGGCUGCAAAGUGAAAACAAAAACGCAGCAAUUGCAUUGACACAGCGUGUCCAAAGUGAUGAAUCGAAUUUCUGGCGCAAAGUGAACGGGUUUUCGGUCGGUUAGUCGGUUAGUUAGUUAGUCGCUCGUUGCAGGCAUUUCACCAACGCAAAACCAUAAACCGAUUGCAAUUCCAAUUUCCGAACGACAGAAAAAAAACAAAAAAAAAAACAACAACAACCCAAACGAAAGUUUCAUUUGCUGUGAAAAUCAAAAAACCGAAAAUCGUAAAAUUUCAACAAAAUUCUUUUUGUGGAAUUGCGCAAAAGUUCAACGAAACUUCAAAUAAGCCAAGUCCGAUCCGAAAUGUGUAAAGCAAAUCAAUUUACCACAAGCUGCAGCGAACUCAACUAAUGAGCAUUAUAUAAGAGAGAGACGAGCAGAACGUGCAACAAAGCCAGCGCAUCUGUGGCAUGCAAUUGCAGGCGAGUAAGCAAAACAACAACAACAAAUAAAUAAAUAACAACACGGGAGAAGGAGAAAAACUUAAAUGAAAAUGUUAACUAAGGCAAUCGUAGUUGCCGGGCGUCAGACCAAAUUAAAAACAAACACGCACAGAAAAAGAAGAUGCAGCCCGCUGUUGUUGCCACUUUUGUGGCUGCCACUGCUGCUGCUCUGCCAGCUGGGGCAUGCCACCAGGAACAAUGGAACGGCGGGCGGCAUCCCAUUUAGCCAGCCCUUGACAACGAUGGCGGGCGUGGCGCGCAACGAUGACAACACUUUCCAGCCAAUUCUGCCCAGGGACAUCAGCCCCGAGUUCAUCUCCCGUAAUGUAUUCACAAAAACGGGCCAGUAUCGCGUGUUCCAGCCCGUGGAGAGCGAGAGCGACCUGCGACUCGCCGUGGCACUGAAGCGCAGAGACUACAUGCAGGAGGCGGAAACAAAGCCCAACGCGAGGCCAACUACAAGCACAACGACAACGACAACGACAACUACAGUGAAGCCUCUGCAGAGGUCAGGCCAGCUGAACGAGAGCUCCUCUGCGAUGCAGAACGAACUGCAGGACUUGGAGGAGUUGCUCAUUGACUAUGUGCAGCAUUUUUUCACCGAGGGCAAAUACGAGCCCAUGCCGGGCCUGGUCCUGGCCCUGCAGCAGAAUCACACAAGUCCGCAGCCGGAAAAACCGCUGAGGCUCGCGCGCAGCGUCCUGGAGGCUGCCAACGUGGAGCUCAAUGUGCCGCGUGCGGUGCAAAGCGCUCGACUUCUGUUUUUUGCCGGCCUCAAGAAGUUUAUGUGGCCCAUCUACAUGGGCCUGCAGGUGCUGAAGAGUUUGCUGUUCGCCCUCUUUCUGCCCACAAUUAUUGGCAGCGUGAGUCGUCUGAUUGGCAAGGGCAUCACGACGGGCUCGGCCAGCUCGGUGCCGUUGUUUGUGCGUCCCAUGGAGCCGCCGCAGGAGUUGGACUUUAGGGACAACAGCGUCAACUUUGAGGAGGACAACAAGUUUGGCUUUGCCGACGAGGCCAAGCCGAAUGCUGGCUACGAAUUCAACGCAGAGGCCUCGCAGCAGCAGGCACAGUAUGCGACCUACAAUGGCAACUCGCUGAACUCGCCGACGCACUCGCGCUACGGCGGCCAGCAGAUGCAGGAGACGUACCUGAGUGCGCUGCAGAGCAUUGGCGCGGCCUCGUUCAAGAACUCGGGCAGCCUCUCGGCGGGCUCCUCCAGCGGCAUGGCAGCGCCCGGCAUGGCCAAGAAGCCGGCAUCGCCGGCCAACAUGAACACAUUCCAGACCUUCCAGAAGGUGCCGAGCUCAUCGCUGCUGCUGUCCAACUACGAUCCCUUCUACAGUCCCCUGCUGUCCCGCCUGGACUCGGUGUUUGCCCAGCUGAAGCUCAACUCCGAGAACGAGAACUGUCGCGAGAAGCUCAUCUGUCUGAUGUACGCCAAUCCCGCAAAGUAUGCCCCGUACAGCAAUCUCGUCUCGGCCCAGCUCAGUCGCGAACUAAAUGAACUGCGCAAGCCGACCUCAGAUAAUCCGGACAUCUUGCGCUUCUUCAAGUACAUGCGCGCGGCCAAGGAUGGCCAGGAUGGCAUCGACUGCGAGCAGUCGUUUGUCAAAUGCAAGGAAUUCAAGGAUUUCGAAAAUCCAGCAAUGCUCUCCACCUACAACGACAUCAACAAACUGGUCCAGGCACGCAAAUUGGCGUAGGCCGAACGAUCCGAAGGUUUGCCAAAGUUCGCACGCAAGUCAGGAGCGAGGGGCACAGGUGCCAGGUGUUGAUGCCUGUGGCUGUAAUUAUGCAAAUUUUACUUUAGCCUAGCCAUACAUGAAUACAUAUACCACACACACACGCACACACAUAUCUCUAUAUAUAUAUUCGUUUGUUGAAAUGUGCGUCGGGUCGGUGGAAGGCGGGUUGUGUGUUUCGGGGCUUUAAUUAGUGUGUGCUGUAAAUAGAGAAUUUCUUGUGUUUAAAUAGUUUAAUUACAAAGCUAAACAUUUACUGUUA